UUGUUCAACUUUGAGCACCAGACACGAUGGCAGGAUAGGUGCACCAUGCACCCACAAAGCUCGGGCCUUGCCCAUCUUCCUUUAUAAGUUUACAGCUUCUUGCCCUGCCAGUGCCUCGCUGCAUGCCUGCAUCUUCUCCUCUCUCUUCCCUUCAUUGAACCGUACUCUGAAUCCUCCAUUGAAGCAGCUUCUGAGCUUUCUGUCUUCCAUUGAAGCAGCUUCCAAGGUUUGUAGCUGAUUUGAUUUGCCUGUGUUUCUGGGCUGAUAAACUGCUUGAUGGAGUUGAUCUGUGCAGGGUGCAGGUGAAGAUUGUGGAGUUUUUAUUUUAUAAUGGUGAAUGCUACCAAAGGACUCUUCGUUUCCUGCGACAUACCCAUGGCGCAGUUUAUUAUCAAUAUGAAUGCUUCAUUGCCAGCAAACCAGAAAUUCAUAAUACAUGUCCUUGAUAAUACUCACUUGUUUGUGCAACCUCACGCGGGUGAGAUGAUAAAAAGUGCCAUUGCAGACUUCAGAGAGGCGAAUACUUAUGAAAAACCUGGUUAAUGUUAUUCGUUUGCCUUUUAAUUUUUAACUUUUUUGUAAAAAAGGCUGUAUAAUAAAUUUCCAUAGUGAGUGAUUGUUUACAAUUUUCAUCGUGAGUCCCAUUGGGUGAAUUACACUUUGUAAGCAAUACAUGAUUCUACAUUUUGUAAACUUUGUUUUUCCUUUCAUUUUCUUGGUUUAGAAGAAAGCCUCAGUUUCCAAAA